GUAAACAAAGUGAAUUGCUGUUUAUCUGAUUAUGGCCGACUUGGCUGACUUCAAGUUUUGGCUAAAGCAACUUGAAUGUCCAGAAUCACUCAUUUCAGACUAUGUUAUACAUACACUACAGAAAGGUGUCUUUGGUUUGAUUUGGGAAGAUACACCUAAAGUUAUCAGGGCACAUUCUGAAGUCUCUGAUGCCAGAAAAAAUAUUUUACUGUAUAAGUUAAAACAUGAGCCAAAAGAUGCUUUGAUACAGAGCAUAAAAAGUACUGUUAAACUGAAAGAUGAGAAAAAAAGGCUUGAUGCUAAAAUCAAAGAUGCAGAGGAAAGGUGGAAGAGGCAAGAAUUUUCAUGCAGAAAAAAAGUGAAUCUGCUAGAGAAGAAAAAGGCAGAUAAAAGAACGAUAUUAUUGAAGAAAGAAACUCUCAAAAUAAAACAUGAACAGAUGCAAGUUCAAAUUAGUAACUGUGCAAAAAUGCAGGAGAUAUGCAACCACUUGAUGCCGCCAUCUGUAGAAGAAAUUUCUUCUGCAACAAUAACUGACUGUCUUUCAUUAGUUAGCAAUUAUUUUAGUGGACCAAGCAAAAGACAAACUUGGAACAGAAUAGCAGAACUUCUUACACCUAUAAAAAUACCAGUUCUGUGGGAUGCAUUACUGAAAGCUAGAUUGCACUAUACUAAUCUUCUUAUUCAUUUAGAUACAGAAGAAUUCGAUGAAAACACAAAUAAUACAAGAGCCAAUAUAGAUAUUUGUAUAUCAAAACUUUGUAACGAACAUCUUGAAAACGUAGCUAUGCGCAUUAUACAUAAUGCAAGGACGAAAAAUAGUGAAGAAACAAUUAUGUUUUACAUUAAAAAAAUUGAAGAUAUUAUUGAAAAGCAAAGGCCUGACUUGAAUGAUUGGUUGCCAUUAGCUUUAGAAGUUCGAAAAUUAGAAGUUUUGCAGAGCGAACUGCAAAAAGAAGUAGAAAAAUUGGAGGAACAACUUCCUAUAGAUACUGUGAUUGAAGAUGACGUUUUAGAACAGCUAACUUCUCAAAUAAAAACUAUGGAUAGCAAGACGGCAGACUGUGUUCAAGAAAUAAAAAUCGCAUUUGGACGUUUAAAAUCAUCAGGGCUAUUGAUUACAAAAACCAGAGAAUGCCUGUCUAGUGAAUUAGAAAAACUGCAACUGGUUCUAACGAGCGAAGAGAGCAAUUGGUCGGACAUAGAUCUAAGCUCUGAGCUUGUUGUCUUCAACAAUGAAAUUGACGUUAACGCGUUAAGGAAAAUCAUACUCAAAAGUGGUAAAGGUGCUUAUAAACACUUGCGAACGUGCCUCAAUCAAGCCCCUAUCGUCGUUGAAAUUAAAAAUCGAAACGACAGCAUAACAAAUUUACCGAUACUGCGAGUACCGAUUUAUUAUCUGGUAGAUCUAUAUAAGACGUUUAUUGUAAAUGUGACUUUGGGGCGACAAAUUAAUGAAGAAAAUCUGGAUGUACAAGACGAUGAUUCUUUAGAGCAGUUAAAAAAUAGACCAUUAACAGAUAUUUGUUCAUCUAGUAUACUGCAGUUACUCAGAUUAACGGAUGAGACGAACCAGCGAACGCUGCAACACGUCGAUGAAUUUGAACACAUUUUAAGGACUUGGUCUAACCAAACAGUGCAGGAAACAGUUACAAGAAUUUUCGGUGACCAAGUCGUAUUUGGAUAUAAAUUAGAAGAGUGGCAAAGGCGCUUUAAUUCACUCGUGUAUGUACUACAAAAGUCGAAUAUAAACUUCGUGUGACAAAGGCCAAUUUUCGUUUCCUCAUAUUUUAGUAAGAGCAA